AUGGCUACUGCCAACAGUGAUCAGCCAGUUGAAGAUGCUAUUCGCUCUAAACUCAUGUCACUUCUUCGACCGUCAGAGUUGGUGAUUACCAAUGAUUCCUACCAGCAUAGGCAUCAUGCCCCUAUGCGCGCCCAAGGUGGAGGAAGUGGAGAGACACAUUUUAGUGUCAAGGUUGUCUCUGAUGCCUUCGCUGGCAAAUCGUCCAUGCAGCGGCAUCGCAUGAUCUAUGCUGCAUUAGCUGAAGAAUUCGAGCAAGGCCUGCACGCCUUAUCUCUGAACACCAAGACGCUCCGGGAAGUAGAGAACAUACAGAACCCUUCGUGA